AUACAGUGGCAAUGUUAUGAUAAUGUUUGACCUAGUGUUUAAAGCUCGUUACGCUAUGAUGACAGAUGGUUCUAUGAUGACGAUGGAUAGCAAGAUGGUGGGAAAUAUUUUAUCCGAUGUAAUUAACGUAGACCUAAGUCAUAUACAUAUUAAAGAUUUGAUGUCUGAACCACAGAGUACUACUCCUACAAGUGCUGGAGGUAACACCACUACAAUGGCUCCACCAAGUAAUACAACAGUACAAACAGUUCCCACCAACUUCACAACACCUUGGAGACCAACAGUUCACACCAAUUUCACAACACCUUGGAGACCAACAGUUCACACCAAUUUCACAACACCUUGGAGACCAACAGGUCAAACCAAUUUCACAACACCUUGGAGACCAACAGGUCAAACCAAUUUCACAACACCUUGGAGACCAACAACCACAUCACCAAGGGGAACCUGUGGUGGAUAUUACACUGGACUUACAGGAAGUUUUACAUCACCAAAUUAUCCUGGAAGAUAUCCAAAUUCACAGAAUUGUAAUUACUAUAUUGUUGUCCCAAUUUAUUACACGGUAGUGCUGACCUUUACUGAUUUCAUAACAGAAGAUUGCUGCGAUUAUGUGAAUGUAUUUGAUGGACUAACUAAUAGUGAUUUGUUAUUGGUCAGCUUGAAAGGAGAUUUGAGUGCACAAAGAAAAGUAGUGAAGUCUACAGCCAACAAGAUGUUGGUUUACUUUUCUUCUGAUGGCAGUCUCAUUUAUCCUGGUUUCAGGGCCAUUUACACAGCAGACUUUGAGAAUUGUGCUAUAGACCAUGUGCGAUGCUCCAUAACUGCAUCUGAUUGUGUAUCUGUGUAUAAAUUGUGUAAUGGAUACCCAGACUGUGCUAAUGGAUUUGACGAGCAGCAUUGUCUCAACUAUACAACACUGACUAGCACCCAAAGUACACCAUCAGUUGAUACUACCACCAUGACCACACUGAUGCCACACAAUGCCACUACGUCUAGAAUAUCAACUUCUCCUGUCGCUAGUAACAUAGAAGUGCGGCUUGUUAAUGGAUCUAACUGCUUGGAAGGAAGAGUAGAAAUAAAAAUAAAUGGAGUAUGGGGAACUAUAUCUACAUCUAAUGCACCAUUUAGUUCCAGGGAAGCUAGUGUCAUCUGCAAAGUAUUAGGAUUCAGCGGAGAAGGUGCAAUACCAUAUCAGUAUGGGUAUUUUGGACAAGCAGAUAGCACAGUACCUAUAUGUUAUACCUAUUUGUAUUGCACUGGUUCUGAAUCGAGGCUGGAGGACUGUUCCAAACAAAAAUAUGCUGUUCUUAGCCAUUACUAUGAUGUGGGUGUCAGAUGCCAAGGUAUAUCUGAGUACUAUUGUUCAUUCAACUCUGAUUGUAUGUUUUUGUCAAAUACAUCAUCAUCUGUUUUCUGGCAAAGGUAUUCUGGUUGUACACCAUCCACUGGUACUGGUCCCUGCACUGGUCAUGAUGGCAACAGUUCAAGUUAUUAUAUAUUUCUAGAAACCAGUAAUGGGACAACUGGUUACUCAGCUUCACUGAACACAACAGCUUCCUUUGAUUGGACUCCUAGAUGCCUUUCUUUUUAUUACCACAUGUAUGGUUCUACUAUAAACGAGCUUCAGGUUAAAGUUAGAAGUAGUACUAAUAUGAUUGGAAGCGUUGUUUGGUCCAGGAAGUAUGAUCAGGGAAAUAUUUGGCAUUCUGCCAGUAUUGACAUUCAAGCUGUUUCAGCAUUACAGAUUCAGUUUAUUGGAAUAAGUGGUUCACCAUACACUGGAGAUAUAGCUCUGGAUGAAAUUAAGCUUGUGAGGGGAACAUGUAAUUCAAUAUCAGACUUUGUAUGCCCAGCAGAUGAAGAAGAACCAGGGGUUAACUGUACUUUUAGUAAUAAAGAGGCUUGCAACUAUACCAUAGAAAGUAUUGAAGGGGCUACAACCUGGCAGUUUAAAAAUUACUCUUCAUCAGGGCAUAACCUACCUUCAUCUGAUGUAAGUGGCAAAUUUUUUGGAUAUUUCUACUACCAGAAUAAAAAUGGAAAUGAAGGAGAUUCCGCAAGGCUCCUGUCACCAAUCUUUACAUCUUCGUCUAUGUCAACAUUACAAUUUUACACAUACUUUGGUGGCAGCGAUGUUGGUUCACUACAGGUUUCCAAAGUUAAUGGCAAUGGUCAGAGAUCUUUGCUAUGGAAGAGAGAGGGGGAACAAGAUGAAGGAUGGUUUAUGUCCUGUGUCCCCCUCGCACAGGAAGGAGAUUUAUCGCUAGAGUUUUUGGCAUCUCAGAGCAGUGGUGAUGAAACAGUGAUCGCUGUUGAUAAUGUGACAGUCUCAGAUGAACCAUGUCAUUUUGGAAUUUCAGAAGAGAAAUGUAAAUUUGACCAACCAUUUAUCUGUGGAUACAGUGUAAACUGUUCCUGUACACUUCCAUCACACACUUAUAAGUGGAUAAGACAUACUGGAUCAACAAUAUCUAAACAGACAGGACCAGACUCAGACAGUGAUGGAUUUUAUAUGUAUGCUGAAGCAACAUAUGGUAACCUUAGUGAUGCAACAGCCUUAACUUUCCCAGAAUUUAAAGCAACAGGAAGUCAGAAACUUCAGUUUAAAUACCAUAUGUAUGGUAAUGAUACAGGCACAUUAUUGGUUCAAGCCAAAUAUAAGGGAGAUAAUUCUCUAACAACAGUCUGGACUUUAACUGGUCCCCAGGUGAAUGAAUGGAAGCAGAUUUGCAUGCUGCUUACUAUACCAGCUGGCACAGAUGUAGAAUUAAGUUUUGUAGCAAUCCAUGGAGAUGGUCCCCUUGGUGACAUCGCUAUAGAUGAUGUUCUAGUUACAGAAGAAGAUUGUCCCCAUUUAGCAUCAUGUGACUUUUCCUAUGGGUCAUGUGGCUAUCUUGUUACGUGGAAUGAUUACCAGGUGAAGUGGGUCAGAGGUCAAGUUAAUGAUGUUCCAAAUAACACCAUUGCAGGAAGCUACUUUUAUGCUACAAGUGACAGUUCAAAAGAAGGUAGUCAUACUUUUCUUUUCACAAAAUUUUUCAAAGCUUUUGGUACAGAGAGUGUUACAUUUGACUAUUUGAACUCUCGUUAUACAAAGUUUGAAGUUGGAUGGAUUAAUGAACAAUCUGGUAAUACUACCAUGAGUAGCAUAGAAUAUAGUGACAUCAAUAUUUUACUUACAACAACUAGUCAAGCUGAUCAGUGGACAAAGAAAUGUAUAAGUUUGGGUGCUGUGACCUGGAAAAUAUCAAUAGUAUUUGUACAUACAACUACUGUUUGGAACACUCAGAUAACUGCUGUGGAUAAUGUUGAAGUAUCAACAGAUGGUUGUAACAAUGGUAUCUAUGAAUCCACAUGUGGAUUUGAUCCCUCUGAUUUGUGUGGGUAUAACAUCAUCACACCAGAUAACUGUCCCACGUUAUAUACAUACAGAUGGACUGUCAAUAACACUAAUGGCAAUAAUUUUUUGAUUGCUGAUGGAAGAUUAGGAGAGGAAGGAGAUACAGCAAUGAUAGAAUUUCCCAGUAUCUCAAUAUCGUCCACGAUGUACCUACAUUUCAAAUAUAUGAUAAGCAAUUGGAACAGUUCUCAAAACCUGAUGUAUUCCAUCAAUAAAAAUGACGAUUUUACAUCAGUGAUGACAGCUAAGCCAAUACUAGCUGCAUGGCAGACAUACUGUGUUAGCAUUUCAUUUCCAAGGGAGGUUACUGUGAGAUUUAAGACCGACAAAACUCAAAUGAAUAACCAUACUGAUGUAUAUAUUGAUGAUGUUGUGUUAUCAGCUAAAUCCUGUUCAGUUAAAUCCUUGACCUGUGAUUUUGAUGACUCAGCACUAUGUGGCUACUACAUGUCUGAUUCCUGGACGAGAAAAGAACAUGACAACAGGAUAGGAGAUUUCUACAUGUCAGUCACAGCGACCAGUUACAAAAGAUCCUCGUUAGUUUCAGCAAACCACCUUGACUCUAGUAAUACCCAGUGUUUACAGUUCAAUUACACGUUCACAGGAAGUUCAAAUGCUCAUCUUACAUUGAUACUCAAUAGAAAAAACUCAGAAUCUACAAGAGUCAUCUUACAGGGAACCAGUACAUGGAGGAACUUCCGAUACCAGACAGAGGAACAGUUUGAUUUCAUUUAUUUUGAUCUAGCUCCAUUUUCAACGAGUUCUUCUGGUAUUGAAACAGCAGGAGUUGAUAAUAUAUCUAUAUCACCAGGAAUUUGUCCCCCUAUUUAUUGUGGUGCUGAUGAACAUAGAUGUUCUUCUAGACUCCAAUGUAUCCCACAAUCCUCUGUUUGUGAUGGUAUAGAAGACUGUAAAGAUGGCAGUGAUGAGAAAUCAUGUAAUUCCUCCAUCUCUUGUGAUUUUGAGUCUGUCCUGGUUUGUGAAUACAACAUAACAGGCAAUUACAUCAUCAGGGUCAAUGACUCAAAUGGCAAUCAUCACAUAUAUGUCUCUAUGGCUGGUUUCCACUUACUACGCUCUCAAAUGGAAAAUAUUCCUACCGUGUCUUGUCUUUCAUUCUUGACUCAGUCCUAUCCCUUUACCAAUGGUCACUUGAGACUGGCCCUCCAAGAUACAGAUGAUCUUGUCACACCAUUGUAUAUGAUCGAUAGCAUGAUUAGAACUGCAUUCUGGAUAAAGUACAAGACAACUGUUCCAAGUGGAAAUUUCAGUGUGAUAUUUGAGAUGUUCUUCCCAUCAAAUAAUUUGGGAGGUUUACGAAUUGAUGAUAUUGUUUUACAGCCAGGGGAAUGUAUGGAAGGUUGUGGUGAUGGAUAUUUUAACUGUUCAGUGGAUAACCUGUGUAUACCUCAGGAGUAUGUUUGUGAUAGACAGUGGGCAUGCUCUGAUGGACAGGAUGAACAAAACUGUGACUACAGUAUAAGUUGUAAUUUUGAUGAAGAACAUUUAUGUGAAUACCACAGUGGUUCAUGGAGAAAUGGAUCCAGUGCUAUUGAUCAUGAGUUAUACUUUGAGGAUCAUACUGUUCACAAUUCUUCUCAUAAAGGAUCCUUUAUGUACACUGGUGAUUUGGAUGGAUUAUAUGAAGACAAAGAAAUGACUUCUCCCUACCUCCAAACCAAUACACCAAUGUGUGUAGAAUUUUUCUAUAUUGUUAUCCGACCACAUGAAUAUUCAUCAGCAAUUUUGACUGUUCAUCAGAACACUUCUAACAUGAACAAUGAAGUGUUUUCAUUGGUUGAAUAUCGGACAGAUGUUAACCUUCAGUGGCAGAGAGGUGAAUUCCCAGUAGCUGCCGGUGUGUUUAGUUUGAGGUUUACUGCUGGAGGUCAUAGGUCAGUGGUAGCUAUUGACGAUGUUCUUUUGUAUAAUGGAAGUUGUGCAGAAUCCGAAAAUGGACCAACUGAAUCAGAAGAUGGACCAACAACAGAAUUUGGAACAACAGCUUCAAUGCCCAAAUCACCAUUUAAUGAUGGAUGUCUCAACCAUAACACAUACAUAUGUUCUAGUGAAUUUGGAAUGAACUUUACAUCAUACCCAAAUGUUUUUGGUCAGAAGGAUCACAACGAAGCAUUAAAUCAAUGGUACACCUGGGCAACAUCCCCGUCAGAUUCCUGUAGUAUGUUGUUCUCGCACACAAUGUGUGCUUUAUUAUUUCCAACCUGUCAGAACGGUACCACUCAAAAGAUAUGUCGACAAAGUUGUCUAGAUGCCUUCCACAUCUUACAUGUUGGAGAGUGUAGUCACUACAAGAUAUCGGACAAUUACAAUCUGGUUUACUACUGUAACUUGUUACGUGACGAUGAUGAUUGUAUAAAGUUACCAGACUAUGUAGGAAAUAGUAGUACAAUAACGACUCAAUUCACAAGUAAUUCAACUGGUACAACCCCUAGAACUACUGCCUUUGGAACAAUGACGAUAUCCCAUAUGGAUAUCAUACCGACAACAAAUACAACUUCUGAUAUUCAAGGGAUCAUGGAAAUUGUUUUCAACCGACAGUUUGGUUAUGUGCACUGUUAUGAGACAACAUACUGUCCUUCUCUAGUCUGUCAGUAUCUAGGAUAUUUGGCUGGAUCACACACAGGAAGUUAUUAUGAACCCUAUAUGCCAUAUCAGAUUGUACAAUGUUCAUCAUGGAAAAAGCAUCUGUCUGACUGUACCAUUUAUCCAGCCUUGCAAUAUUAUUUAACUGAAAUAAAAUGUGUUAAUACUGUUCCGACUAGUACAAUAGACUGUAGAUUUGGUUCGAUCAAUCAGGGAGCCUGUUCCUACACAGUCAAAAAUGUUGUUACUGGAUGGUCACAAAAAAAUUAUGCUUUUGCCUUAUAUUCUUCCUACGGAAUUGUUACAUCAAAAUUAAUAUCCAACAUAUUCACAACGCCAUCUAGUGGAAGUGUAUUCCUAAAUUUGACAAUUGAAAAUCAGGCUGUACAGUUACAUGUCCAACUUGAAACGGUGGAUAUGACCUAUGACCUUGGAUAUGCAGAACGUGGAGAUAGAAGUGUCUGUUUUGAUUUGCCAUCAUCAGUACGUGGUAACUUGGUUAUAACAGGAAAAACAACUUAUUCUAUUUAUGGAUAUUAUUAUGUUGCUUAUGUUUAUGAGAUAAAAGUAAACCAGGAAGAAAUAUGUGCCAAGCCUUUCCCCAAUAGUGUUUGUGAAUUUGAUGAAAAGUGUCCAUGGGACAUAGAAUGCUACACCAGAAUAGCUGAUCCAAUACCAUUCCAAUGGGUUUGGACAGGUUAUAACACUUCCUUGUCAGAUGCUGGUAAAUUAUAUCUAACAGCAGAUGCAUCGUUUGGAAGAUUUGGUGACAAGGCUAAAUUUACACUACCACUCAAUGCCACAACCAGUCAAAAUCUGAAAGUUAAAUAUAGAAAUACUGGCAGCAGAAAUGAUAGCUCUGGAUCUUUAGAGGUAAAUUUGAACCACAAUGGAGUUACAAAUCAAAUAUUUAUGAAAGAUCAUCUGGACACCAAUGGAUCAUGGGAAUCAGCUUGUGUGCCAAUGUCACAGUUCUCAACAGGGGAGGUAAUCAAUGGUGAACUGGAAUUUGUUGCCACUAGAGGGAACUCAUAUGCUGAUGAUAUAGAAGUAGAUGAUGUGGAACUGAUAGGACAUGAAUGUCGAAUUUUUGCGUCAUGUGAUUUCCAGUCAGCCACAUUCUGUCGUUACACCAGAUUAUCAGAGUCCAGCUUUGCUUGGAAUUGGGGAACAUACAAUCUGAUGCAAAACUCUUCUCUGGGACAGUAUGUUCCAAGAGUAGAUCAUACAGAAGGUACCAGUUCAGGAGGUUACAUGUAUACUUCAACAUGUUUGCCCAACACAACAGAAGGAAAUAUUGCCCAUCUUACUACCCUUCCGUUUGAUGUGCAGUCAUCCAUACCAAUGAAGGUGUAUUUCUAUUACCACAUGAAUGGACUCAACAUGGGCACGUUCUUAGUUACUGUAAACCAACACAGUAAUGUUCUCAACUCAUCUAUGGUAUUUUCAAUGGCUGGAAGUCAGAGUGAUGAAUGGUAUUAUUCUUGUGUGAAUCUACCGUCUGGUAAUACAUCGGUAACAUUUUCAGCUGUUUUGGGUGACGGAUGUGAUUCUGUGUUCGCCCUUGAUGAUGUUGUGAUUUCGGAGGGAAUGUGUAAAGAACAACUGAAUGAAGUAACAUGUAACUUUGAGGGGAAUAACACUUGCCAGUACUCCUCCAAUUGUACUAUAGGGUCUAAAUAUCAAUGGUCCAGACAACAAAGUAAGACUCCAUCAGAAAACACAGGUCCGUAUGGUGAUGCUUACGGUAAUCUUGGAGGACAUUUUAUGUAUGUUGAGAGUUCCCAUGGACAACCAGGCGAUACAACCUACUUAUCCUUCCCAUCAUUCACCAGUAAUAAUCCCAGUAGUUUAUAUUUCUCCUACCACAUGUUGGGAGAUGAUAUCGGCACUUUAGACAUCCUGUCACAUGACACUCGUACCUCCACUGAAACCCAGCUGUGGACAAAAACAGGGCAGCAGGAUAUGGCAUGGAUUAAAGGAUGUGUCACCUUACCACCUGACACUGAACAAAAUAUUUAUUUUGUGGCAACCAAAGCUUCGGGAUUUAAAGGAGAUAUAGCAGUAGAUAAUAUUUUUGUUAUUGAUGGUAGUUGCCCAGAGACCAAUGUGCCAUGUGAUUUUGAGGAUAAGACUUUCCUAUGUGGUUACAAAAAUAACACAAAUCUGUUAGAGGAUGGUGGUUGGACAUCUGUAUCAUAUGAUUCAGAUAAUAUGGCUGUAGCAGCUAGUUCAAAUGCUGGAAGGUUUUUAUAUUGUGAUUCAAAUAUGGCCCAAGACGGAUGCAGUGUAUUAUCACCAACUUUAUCGGUAACUGAGAAAUCCUGUAUAAGUUUUGAUUACUAUACAAAGUUUCUGACUGGAUAUAAUGCUUCAUUAUCUAUAUAUAUGAUGUCCUACCGUUUUGGAAAUGUUCUCUGGACACCUACCUGGAGUAUGAGAAGAGACUCAGGGGCUUGGAGUCUAGGACAGUUUAAAUAUAUAGGAAAUUUAACAGAUGCCUCUCUAGUCAUUGACAUGCAACUUGGACAGGCUGGAAUCGACAAUGUCAAUAUUGUACCAGGAGAUUGUCAAGAACUAUCUUGUCCAGGACAGUUUAGUUGUGGUGACUAUUGUAUAGAUCUGAGUACAGUUUGUGAUCUCAAUUUUGACUGUGACGAUCAUUCAGAUGAGACAACAUUGUGUGAUAGAACCAUAAGUUGUGACUUUGAAGACAAGUUCCGGUGUGGAUAUUACAGUAGUAAUAAUGUAAUGGAGUCAAAGCAAGUUAUCUAUCAAGAAUGGAUAUAUGAUCAUACUUAUGGCAAUAAAGCAGGGACAUUUUAUGGAAUGGUCAGUUAUACUGCCAGCAAUUUCAGCUUCAACUCUCCAGCAGAAAAGGUUACAGUCUCCUCAUGUCUAUCACUGUAUUAUAUAGGUCAUGCACAUUUAUUUGGGUUUGAGGUCAAAUACCUUGACCUUGGUGUCAUAUCCUCAAAUAGAACAUCAAACAGCACAAUGUUUGGUGAUGCUACCUUGCCAACUUUGUCCAAUAUUUGGAAACCAGCUCAGAUGGCUAUUGAACCAGGAAGGAUUGAAAUCAACUUUUAUGUAUAUGAUUAUGUCAACGAUGUGAAAUACUUUGGAAUAGAUGAUGUUAAUAUAACCCCUGGAGAUUGUCCUCCAUUGGUUUGUCCAACUGGUCUGGGUCCCUGCCAUAAAGAUGGUAUAUGUAUCAAGGAUAAGAUAGAAUGCGAUAAGAUUUCCCAGUGUCCCUCUGGUGAAGAUGAAGCAGACUGUCCCAUUAGCAUAAGCUGUGACUUUGAACAGCAUUAUGGAUGUGGAUAUUUGUUUGGAAGCUAUAUUUGGAGAGAUGCUUUUGUUCACUAUUUGCCAGCAGUUGAUCACACCAUGGGGGCUGAUAAUCAUUCAGGUCACUACAUGUUUUACACAUAUGACACCACAAGAACAGCAACUUUGACCUCUCCCCCUUAUCUGACAACACCCGGAGGAUGUGUUAAAUUCUAUUACAACAUGGAAGGAGGCGUGUCAGCAGAACUGAAAGUUUAUACAAAAAAAUAUGGAACAAAGCAAUUGGUGUUUUAUGCCAAUGGAAUCUAUGUGGAGACUGAUGAAUGGUUGGAAGGAUCUUUUGAACUUCCUGCAGGGGAGACAACUAUUGAGUUUGUUGCCUAUGGUGACACUUCCUUUUUGACACCUGCCAUUGUUGCUAUUGAUGAUGUAACCUUGAUAGAAGGACAGAGUUGUUCAAUUCCUAGCUGUGAAGACAGUAUAAAUACAUUUUCAUGUAAGAGUUCAGGAGUAUGUAUCCCAGAGUUCCUUGUCAGAGAUGGCUACCAGGAUUGUUUGGAUGGAUCUGAUGAAGCUUUGAAAACUGACACAGGUGACAGCAGUUCAAACUCCACAAACUCUGCAAAUGUGUUGAGUGCAUGUACAUUUGAAAUAGCAACAGAACCAUUUUGUCUUUUCUACAAUUACCAGAGUCAAGACAAUGCUGACUGGAUAAGACAUCUAGAAGGAACACCUUCAACAGACACAGGACCAGAUAGUGCUGCCAUAGGCAGUUACUACAUGUAUAUAGAGACAACUGACAUGGCAACAGGGGAGUAUGCCAGCUUGACCUCAAGUCUUCUACAUCCUAAUACACAGAUGUGUUUGUCAUUCUAUUAUCACAUGUAUGGCGCUAAUAUUGGAAGAUUAGAUGUGAUACUUUCAACACCAUUUUCAAAUCAGACAAUAUUUACAAAGUACACCUCACAGGGGAAUCAAUGGUAUUUCCAGAAGAUAUAUAUUCAACCUGGAGCUAACAUAAAGAUUAUGUUUAAUGGUGUUGGUGGAAGUGGUUACUAUGGAGAUAUAGCAUUGGACCAUAUCAUGUUGUUUUCUGGUGAAUGUGAUAAUUCCACAGUUAUAACUGUAAGCGAUGAAUUUAAUCCAUCAGUACAUUUGGUUGGUGGACAAACCAGGGCUUCAGGUCGCUUGGAAAUAAAGCCAACUACUUAUGGUGUAUAUUCCCCUGUCUGUGCAAAUAAUUGGGAUUCAGAUGACAGCAAAGUGACUUGUCGACAGCUAGGUUACAAUAAUUCAAGAAUGCACAGCAAAUCAGAAUAUGGUAGAGGAAGGACAGAGAGAACAGGGUUUGGUUACAGGUUUUUCUGUGAUGGCACAGAGGCUGAUCUGACAGAAUGUGCUCAUAGUGUAGUUUCCUGCACAUUAAGCUAUAUGGAUAUAGUGGCUAUUGACUGCUCUAAUACAGAAUGUUUUGAGAAUGAGUUCAAUUGUGGUGGUCCUAAUUCUACAUGCAUAUCUAUGGACCUUUUGUGCAACGGAAAUGUUGAUUGUCCAAACUUGGCAGAUGAACAAAACUGUGCCACAUGUGGAAGUGAUGAGUUUGAAUGCAGUAACCAUGAAUGUGUACCACUUAUGAACCGUUGUGAUGGAGUUCCACAGUGCUCGGAUAAAUCAGAUGAAUAUAGAUGUGUUAAACGACAAGACGAUGGUCAAGUAUCAGUAUAUACAGAUGGUGUAUGGACAACAUUAUGUUAUUUAAAUGAUCAGAUACUAGCAGAAUAUCUCUGUAGCAUCACUGGAUAUGGACCAUACAGUAGUUACUCUGCUGGAGUAUCAAUAACUGAUGGGUUUCUGGCACAGUCUGCUUCCAAUCCUACCGGUAUCAUCACUAACUAUGUGUUAAACCCUCAAAUGUCGUGUAAUGCAUUAACACUUCAGUGUGGAGAUAUUGAAUGUGGAGUUCCAUCAGUUUCCUCGACCUCCGUUGGAUCCUACAUACUCUUUGGAAAUGAUGCUAUACCAGGAGAGUGGCCAUGGCAAGCUCUGUUUUUUAUGGAUGGAAGUUCUGGAUGUGGUGCAACUUUAAUCAGCCCGUACUAUGCCAUUACGGCAGCUCAUUGUGUAGAAAGUUGGACCAGUUAUAUGAUUCAUGUAGGAGAAGUUAAAGAAUCAAAAAUGCUCGGAGCAAGUGAUGAUGGACAAAGAUUAAACGUAGCUCAGGUAACUGCUCACCCAGACUACCAAGGAUCCAGUAAUACUUUCCUGUCAGACAUUGCCAUUGUAAGACUGUCACAGCCAGCUAUUUAUAACAACUAUGUAAGACCUGCCUGUCUGGCCACAGAAGUCAAAGAAAGUUUUGAAAACUGUUACGUCACAGGCUGGGGAUAUAGAGAAUUUGCUCCAGUGCCAGACAACCUACAAGAAGUUAGAGUAGAUAUAAAUGUAGAUGUAGACAGAUGUAAUAGGAGUAUUCAGGCUAACUUAAAAAUUAAUGUACCUGCUGAUGGUAUAUGUGUAGAGAACAAAAAUCCAUACACACCAUCCUGUAAUGGUGAUUCUGGUGGACCUUUAGUAUGUCAAAACAAAUAUGGACGAUGGGAGUUGGUUGGUGUAGCCAGCUUUGGGAUGCGUUAUUGUCGUAGAGACCAAAUCCCAGCCAUAUAUCAGAGUGUACCAUAUCAUAUUGAUUGGAUUAUAGAACAGACAGGUAUACAGAUAGAUAUGGCAAACAUACCAACACCUCCACCGGAGACCUGAUUGACCAUAGGAUCCUGGACUGAUGGAAAACAUGUUUUACUACCUUAAACCAAAGAAAUAAUUGGCUGUUACUUGUGGUCAAAUAUUAUACAUCAACAAACCUUUCAAAUUUUUGAGUUUAAUAGGCAUAAAAUGUAAAUCUUGGCUUGAAUGAGAGCAGAGUUAUGUUACAGCUUUCUUUAUGUUUUUUUCUGACAGUGCCAUUAUUUGUUCUUAGUUAAUUAUGUAUGUAUGUACUGGUAUAUUUUUUACUAUUUUUAUGAAAUUGAAUAUUGUGUAUUUGUUAUAAUUUGUAGGGUAACAAUUUUACGUGGAUAUAGGUAAAUCACGAAUCAAAAUGUUCAACAAAGUACAAAUUUUCCAUAGAAUGUAUGCCGACUUUGGCAAAAUAACAAAAUCAUAUAUCCACAAAAAUACUAUUUUCCUCAAUCCACAAAAACUGGUUACCAAGAACAUAAAUGAAACAGGAGCUUCAUAUUUGAUACAGUGUAUCAUUUACUCAUCAAGUUAUCAAGAAGAGCAGCAUUCAUGUUUAUAUCUAUAUAUUUUUCUUUUUUUUAUUUUUAAAAGGAGCUAUUGGUUAAUUUGUUGGGGAACUCAGCUUAGAAAUUAUAUAAAAGUCAACGAUUUAUUUGUUACAUAUUACUGGUUUAAAAUCAUACUGUACCCAGUUCUGUUCAUUUCCAAUUUGGAAACUUUUCCUCGAUAACUAAUCAGUUUUAUGUUGGGUUUCUCUCUCACAGACACUGGUCCCUUUAUUUAAACCAUUAACCCUUUCCUCCACAGAGAAAUUUUUAUUUACUUAUUGCUCAUAGAAUAUUUCAAUUAAAUAAAGUUAUUUUAAUGAUAAAAAAAAAUCUUUUAAAAUGACCAUGAUGAUUUAGAUAAAAAUAUUAAUACAUUUGAAAUAAUGACUUGCAGCUAGAAAAAUUAUUUCAUCAAGGAAAUUAAUGUUAGAUAUUCCAAAGUAUAUACAUUUUAUGUUUGAAACAAAUUUGAUGCAGUCUUCUACAGAUUUUUUUGGGGGGUAAACAUGGUAAAGGGCUAAGAUUUAAAUUUUAAAACUUUAAUAUCUCAAUUGAUUUAAAGAAGGAAUGCAAUUUCUGAAUAUGAUAUAUUGCAUGAAAUAAUCGGGCAAAAUUUAUUUAAACCAGUUUAAAUACAUAUAAAAUAAGAGAAAUAUAUAUAUAUGUUGUGUACAAAUUGUAAUGUUGUACAAAUUAAAAUUUGUACAUUAUUUUUGUACAAGUUAUCAGUAUUUUGUGAAUCUCUUUACAUAAUUAGAUAAAAUAAGCACAGAGUCUUUGGUUAAGCUUAUCACUGUUUUAUUUCCACAAUUACAUGCUACAGUCUUUCACAUAGUACUGACACAAAGUUUAUACAAAAA